AAAACCCUAUUUCUCCGCACUUCAGUUUCAGCAUUCUCAAGCACGAGUUGAACUACGAAUUCCCUUGAGAUCUUCCUCACUAAUGGCUCGGACUAAGCAAACUGCUAGGAAAUCCACCGGAGGAAAGGCUCCGAGGAAGCAACUUGCAACCAAGGCUGCUAGGAAAUCGGCUCCGGCGACCGGCGGAGUGAAGAAGCCACACAGGUUCAGGCCGGGGACGGUGGCGUUGAGAGAGAUCCGCAAGUAUCAGAAGAGUACGGAGCUUCUCAUUAGGAAGCUUCCGUUUCAAAGAUUGGUGAGGGAAAUUGCUCAAGAUUUCAAGACUGACCUUCGUUUCCAGAGCAGCGCUGUAGCGGCUCUUCAGGAGGCUGCUGAGGCGUAUCUCGUUGGUCUCUUCGAAGAUACAAAUCUUUGUGCCAUUCAUGCUAAGAGAGUCACCAUUAUGCCCAAGGAUAUCCAGCUCGCUAGAAGAAUUAGAGGCGAGAGGGCUUAAGUCUAGUUGUCUAUCCAUCUGCAUCUAGUUAAAGAAAUCGAGUUCUUAAUCCUGUCUGAUGAAUUCACUCUGUAAAAUUUGCUUUAAAUUAAUGGCCAUUUGAAAUUUCACUGUUCAAGUGUCUGUUGAAUAUAAAAUUCUUAUGUGAUUUA